UGCAUUAACUGUCCAAUGAGAAGCAGGAAUAUUCGGAAGGUGCAGCCGUUACUGCCAUGUUUGAGUCCCCAGAAGCCGUUGAGAGGUUCCCUGACCUUGUUGACUAUGCUUCCAGCUGAUGUUAGGCCCCUUGGGGGGGACACCUGGAUGCAUCAGAAGCAGGACAUGGAGCCAGUGACCUUUGAGGAUGUGGCUGUGAAGUUCACCCUAGGAGAGUGGGCUCUGUUGGAUUCUUCUCAAAAGAAGCUCUACACAGAUGUGAUGAUGGAAACAUUUAUGAACCUGAUCUCCAUAGGGAAAACAGAGGAAGAAAAUAUUGAUGUAGACUACCGAAAACAACAGAGAAAUCUGAGAAUUCAGGUUAUUGAACGAUUCUGUGGCUAUGAACAUGGUAGUCAGUGUGGAAAGACCCACCAACAGAUACCAGAGAAUACUGUUAAUGCAGACAAUCAUCCUGCAGUCAUAGUUUAUGAAAGCAGUAUGUAUGUAAAAGACAUCAAUGCUCACUCAUCCUCCGAUAUGCUUGUUAGAAGUCAAACCAAAGAGAAACUGUAUGGGUGUCAGGAACACGUGGAGAAGGCUAUUAAAUAUGAAAAAUGUUGGAAAGAUUUCAUUUAUUCUGAGUCCUUUCAAAUACUCAAGAGUGCUCCUGGUACAGAGAACGUCUGUGAAAAUAAACAGUCUAAUGAAUCUUAUAGUAAUCUCACAUCUCAUAAAGAUUUUGAAGGAACUCUCACUGGAGAUGAGCCAUGUGAAUAUAAGCAAUUCGAGAAAACCUUAAAGGAAGAAAGUUAUGUUCAAAUAUGUGAAUCCAGAAUCCAUGCUGGAGAAAAGCCAUUUACAUGUAAGCAAUGCGGAGAAACCUUCAUUAAUUCCAGCCACUUGACCAAACAUCAGAAAAUUCACACAAGAGAGAAAACUUACCCAUGUAGGCAUUGUGGUGAAACUUUCAUGUAUUCCAUGGCCCGUCAAAAUCAUGAAAAAACACACAAAAGGGAGCAUAGUUACAUAUGUAAACAUUGUGGGAAAGUAUGUAUUCAUUCUUACCAUCUUCUCCAGCACGAAAGACGUCAUACUCGAGAGAAACGUUAUGCAUGUAAUCAAUGUGGCAAAGCAUUCAGACGGUCCUCAAACCUUCACAAACAUGAAAGAAUUCACAGUAAAGAGAAACUUUAUACAUGUAAGCAAUGUGGGAAGGCCUUCAUCAGUGCAGGCAACUGUUACAACCACGAAAGAAUUCACUCUGCAGAGAAAACCUAUGUUUGCAAGCAGUGUGGAAAAGCAUUUACAUUUUCCUCGUACCUUCGAAAACAUGCAAGAAUUCACACUGGAGAGAGACCCUAUACAUGUAAAUAUUGUGGGAAAACCUUCACCCAUUCUAGUGCUUAUUACAGGCAUGAGAAAAUUCACACUAGAGAGAAACCAUAUGUAUGUGUGGAGUGUGGGCAAGCAUUUACUUUUUCCAAAUCCCUCCAAAUACAUGAAAGAACUCACACUACUAGAGAGAAAUUCUACAAGUGUAAUCAGUGUGGGAAGGAAUUUGUGUAUUUCUCAUACCUUCGAAGACAUGAAAGAUCUCACCAUCAAAAGAAACCCAAUGGGUAGAAUUUAAAUUGUGUAAACCAUGUGUAACUGUAAUCAACUUGCUUUUGAAAAUAUUUAUUUGUCACACUUAUUUAUUGGCUUAUUUAUUUAUUUAUUUAUUUAUUUAUUUACUUAUAUAUAUUUGCAUGAGGUAUUGGGCAAGAAUAUACCCAUGCUCCAAUAUAAAUGUGGAGAUCAGCAGACAACUUGCUGGAAUCAGUUUUCUUCCCAUGGUGUGAGUCCCAGGGAUGGCGCUCAGGUUCUCAAGCUUGGCAACAACUUUCUUUCCCUUCCAGGUCAUCCCACCAGGCUUUGUCUUGCUUUUCCUAUGAGUGAGGUUUCUUAUAGAAGUUUUAUAUUUUGUACUUUUCUGUAUAUACUUUCUCCAAAAACAAAUAGAGAGAUUGGGCUUAAGAGGUAGCUCAGUGGUCACAAAUACUUUGCUGGGCUUGCAGAAGACCUGAGUUCAAUUUACAACACCCACAUGGUAGCUCACAGCUAACUCCAGCUGCAGGUGAUCCAGUGCCCUCUUCUGGUCUUUGAAUGUUGCACACACAUACAGGCAAAAUACACACAUAUACCUUUAAAUAAAAAGAUGGAGAUAUACUGGGGAUAAUAUAAAAUUAGCAAAAGUGGGGGCUAGAGAGAUGGCUCAGAGGUUAAGAGCACUGGCUAUUCUUCCAGAGGUCUUGAGUUCAAUUCCCAGCAACCACAUGGUGAUUCAUAACCCUCUGUAAUGAGACCUGGUGCAGGCAUACAUGCAGGCAGAAUAUACAUAAAAGUAAAUAAAAUUUAAAAAAAUAGCAAAAGUGUAAUUUUCCCCAUAUGUGCAAGUGUACAUAGGAUGAACACCUACUCUUGCAUCGGGCAUCAUAAUGUUUGCCUUUUAUUCCAACAUUGAGGGGAAUAGACUCUGGAAAAUUGCAACCCUGAAUAUAGGGGGCAUGAAUACAAUUUGUGAAACAUAAGAAAAACCAGUUGAAACCAAAUUAAAUUGUCAUUUAUAAAAAUAUGAGAGAUCCAGGUGUGAUGGCAUACAUGUCUAAUUGCACCACUUGGGAGGCAGAGGCAGGCAGAUCUGUCUGAAGUCCAGGCCAGUGAGGGAUACUCAGACCCUGUCUCAAAAAAGAAAAAGAAAGUGGGGACCCAUAACAAAGCUAGUUCAAGGUUCAGUCUGAGCUACAUGAAACUCAGAAAAGAAAAAGGAUGUUGUGAUUUUCUUAUGUAAUUGAAUCUUAUAAAAGCAAAAAAUGUGAAUAUCUUGAGCACAUAAAUUUAUGUAAAUAAAAUAUUCCUGAAAACAACCUGAAAGAAAUUAAGUAAAAGUUAUGCAUGUUUACAGUAUUUGCCUAUUCUUACUCAACACUUCCUGACUUUACAUUAUUUCUUUUUUCAUUGAAAAUAUAAUUUAGUGAACAAUUUUAGUAUUAUUGCACAUGCCUGUUAUCCCUGCUGCUCAAAGAGGUAAGUAAACUUGAGCUCACAUUUGAAGACUGUGAAGACACCACCUUAAGGACCAAAAACAUAAACUGUUUGAAUUGUGGUGACGAAACUUUGCCAAAUCAAUUGCAUUUCAGUCAGUAAACAAGUAUUCUUUUAUGGGUAUUGUUUUUAAAUCAUGAGGUGGUGCUUUACCCUUUACUGUAGAGCUGUAUUGGAUUAAUUGAAUUGAAAUGCAUUUAUUAUCUGGUACUUGCAAAUACUUUUUUAAAUUGCAGUUAUGUGUUGUGCACAUAUAUGUUUGAUCAUGAGUGUUCUAGGUGUACAUUUGGAUGUCAGAGGACAACUCUCCUUACCACAUGAGUCCUGAAGAUGGAACUUAGAUUGUCAGGCUUAUGGGCAUGCUGUUGAACCAUCUCACCAGCCCUUUAAGUAGUUUUUGAAUAGUUGUUUUUGAUAUGAAAUUGAAAAUAUCAAUGUUAAUUAGUAUUUUCUGGCUGUCGUUAUACAGUAGAUUCUUUUUAAAAAAAUGUUCUCAUUAGUUCGUUGGCAGUUUCCAUAUAUUUGAGUAGGCACUCCAGUUUUCUCAACUUAGAUUCUAUACUUAUAUUUUGUGGUAUUUUCUCCAAAUAAGAAUGUUUUUGCAUUUUGUUAUUCAUGUGUGUGUGAUAUGUGUGUGUUUAUUGCAAAUGUACAAGAGUGGAGGUCAGAAGACAACCUUCAAGAGUUGGUACUUUGACAGGCUGUAGUGUCAAGUGAUUUACUUCCUGAGCCCUGCACCAACUCCAAAUAAGAUUUUUUAUUUUUUUUAUUGUUUUUUUUAUAUGCUGUAACUAAUUACAUCCCAUAAUCAGUUAUAAUUAAGCAUUGUGGCUAUUACUAGUAUUAAGGAAUGUUGCAAACUGAGAUGGGUCAACAGUUAAAAGAGCAUAUAUUGAUGUUGCAUAGUUUCUGAGUUUAGUUUCCAGGACCCACAUCCAGCAGUUCACAGCCACCUGAAGCUGCUGCUCUGUUAGAUCCAACACAGCUGACCUCCAAGGUUAUCUCCACUCACAUGCAUAUACCCACACAAACACACACAUACACACAAAUAAAUUGUUCACAAUCGA